UUUUAUGCUUUCUCUGUAUCCUAGGCUGCAGUCAACAAAACUGAAGCCCAGUCUUAAAGCUCUCAAAUCCUGAAAUAUCUUUUUUUCAGUGUUUUUUCUUGCCCAUCAUAUUUUUUAAUCCAGUGAUUUAUUCAGUGAUCAAUUAGUUUCUAAUAUUUUUGAUUUAAAUUCAUCAUGGAAGACUCAGGAGAUGAUCUACCUAAAGGGUGGCAACAAAGGAAAAGUCGGUCAACUGGACAAGUAUAUUACUUGAACAUUUACACAAAAGAAAGUCAAUGGGAAAAACCAACAUGUGAAGCAAGUACAAAAGACGAUGAAAAGAUUCGCUGUAGCCAUUUACUGGUCAAACACACGGAAAGUCGUCGACCCUCGUCUUGGAGAGAGGAUACUAUUACUCGGUCCAAAGAGGAAGCUCGUGAGAUGGCUGAAAAAUAUCGCGAACAGAUUGUUUCUGGUGAAAAGGACAUUGAAGAGUUAGCCUCCAAAUACUCAGAUUGCUCUUCUGCCCGUAAAAAAGGAGAUCUUGGAUAUUUCACCCGAGGAGCCAUGCAAAAACAAUUUGAAGAAGCAUCCUUUGCUCUUCAAGUUGGUGAAAUUUCUGAUCUUGUAGAAAGUGAUUCUGGUAUUCACAUUAUCAAGCGAACUGGUUAAAUAGCAGAACAUUGUCCAGGAUAAAGAAGUGUUUAGUGUUUCGUUGAUAUUUUUCUGAAUAAAAGUAUCGAUACUUUAAUUUGAGUACUCAGUACCUAAAAACGCGUAAUCUUAUGAAAUUAUCCCAUAAAUUAUAACAGAAUUGAGAAAAAAAUAUAAGCUUUCAGUUGUUUCUAGAGACCCUGAGAGUGACGCACAAACCCAUUCUUUAAUUGUACUCAUUAAAUCCUCGAUACCUUUAUGAUUGAUACUGAUUCUUUCUAACAAUACCUUUUUUUCAAUAUCACGAAACACUAGUAGUGAUGUUUGAUAUUAAUAGCAUCAUGUUAUAUCAUCAACAGACCAGAUUCAUCCUAAAAAUUUAUUGUAAACUGAUUGCGCGAUUUUUUUUUGAAAUUUUACGAAGAGCAAAGUAAUCUGGUCAAUCUUGUCUCCAAAUCUCAAAUGGUUUUCGUAAAUUCAGCAUUAUGUCCUGGCACUUUUGACGCUUGUGUAUACAGUCUUGCUUUAUGCAAAAAAGCAAAUUGUGCUUCAACAAUCAUUUAUUUUUCACUCUUAUUUUCCAGAAUAUUAUUAUUCAGUGCUCAUAUUCAAUACUUCCAACACUUCCAAAAUUUCAAUUUCAAUAUUAAUUCAAUAUUAGAUAAGACUAAUUGUUUUUCUUGAAAAGCAUUAAGCUUUGAUCUCAACAUUUCUUUUUAUUUCCAUUUUACUAAAAUAUUGUUCCUUUGUUGAAUCUUGCCACAAUCAAUCUGUUCAAUAGCAUGUAGCUCAACUAUUGAAUUUCUAUUUCUGUUUAUUUGCUAAUAAAAUUAAUAUCAAUUUAACCAGCUUACCUGGUUGACCAAUGUUCCAACUUCAAUAGACAAAAUUUUGCCAAACAAUCAAAAAGUAGUUUGUAUUAGUUUGAUGGAUUGUUAUAAAAAUAUGCAUCUUCCAAAUCGAUCUAAGGUUGUAUUCAAAUUUCCAUAGAAAUAAAAUAAAUCUGAACUUCCUCACGUUAA